AUGUGGACACAGACACAAGCACACACAUGCAUUUUCCCUGUCAGGCAGUGAAGUUUGUGAUCCUAACUCCUGAACAGAACUCGGUUCCCAUGUAGCCUGAAGAGACUGAAAGCAGGACCAUCCGGGGAGGGGGCGAGAUGGCCGACAAGAAAGCAGCCGCGAGGAUGGCCCCGUCUCUCAGCCGAGUCCCCGGAUGCCACAGCCCUUUCCGCAGCAUCAAGUUCUUCGUCCUGUGCCAUGGGAUUCUGCAGCUCUCCCAGCUCAUGGUGUCCGGCUACAUGAAGAGCUCAGUGUCCACCAUCGAGAGGCGCUUUGGGCUGACCAGUCAACUCUCGGGCCUGCUGGCCUCCUUCAACGAGGUGGGCAACACGCUGCUGAUCGUGUUCGUCAGCUACUUCGGGAGCCGCGUGCACCGGCCCCGGCUGAUCGGCUGCGGAGCGGCCCUGGUCAGCCUGGCCGCCCUGCUCCUGGGCCUGCCGCACUUCAUUGCCAAGCCGUACCGCUAUGACCACAGCAUGACCGUGGCCCCGAACAACUCACACGGUGCCCACCUGUGCCCGGACCAGGAGUCCCUGGAGGCCGCGGGCAACGCCAGCUGCACCCCACACACGGAGGACAGACAGGGCCUGAUCCUGGCCUGCAUGUUCCUGGGCCAGGCCCUGCUCGGCAUCGGCAGCGUCCCCAUCCAGCCUUUCGGCAUCUCCUACAUUGACGAUUUUGCCCGCUCCAACGACUCCCCGCUCUUCCUAGGCUUCCUUUAUGCUGCCACUUUCCUCGGCCCGGCCGUGGCCUACACGCUGGGCGCCUUCAUGCUCAGCCUCUACGUGGACAUCGACCGGAUGCCUCCAGAGGGGGUCGACCUGACCCUGACUGAUCCUCGCUGGGUAGGCGCCUGGUGGCUUGGAUUCCUGAUCUCGGCCUCAAUCGUGGCCCUGUCCGCCAUCCCGUAUUUCUUCUUUCCUCGGGAGAUGCCUCAGGAGGAGCCUGUGGGGGACCUCCACCCAUCACCCUGGCCGAUCAAUGGGGAUAUCAAAAUUGAUUCAAAGCAGGACCUCUUGGAAACAUCUUCCAAGCAGAACCCCAGUGGCAACCUCAAUGUAAUCCAGUUCAUCAAGGUCUUUCCAGAGGUUUUGUUGAGAAUCCUGCGACAUCCCAUUUUCCUCCUGGUGGUCCUGGGGCAGGUGUGCCUGUCGGCCACGGUGGCCGGGGUCGGGACUUUCCUGCCCAAGUUCCUGGAGCGCCAGUUCUCCAUCUCCGCCUCGUUGGCCAACAUGUUCAUUGGCGGCCUCAGCAUCCCCAGUGCCGUGGUGGGCAUCGUGGCAGGAGGAGCCCUGGUGAAAGGACUGCGGCUGAACCUGAAGCAGUGUGGGGCCUUGGGUGUUGCGGGCACACUGUUCUGCGUCCUCGCCAGUGUCCCACUCUUCUUCCUGGGCUGCUCCACCAACCCCGUGGCGGACCUCGGCUUUGGGGCGAGUGGCCAGCUGAAGACCUGCAAGAGGCCCUGCGAAUGCCCCCCGGACGUCUUCGACCCCAUCUGCGGCCAAGACGGCAUCGAAUACCUCUCGCCGUGUCAGGCGGGCUGCCGCUUCAUGAACCUGGACGACAAUCAGAAAGUGGUCAAUUACACCCAGUGCAGCUGCAUUAAGCUGGAAGAAAGGGGCGGCUUUGCCCUCCCCGGGUCCUGCGGAUCCCCCUGCCGUCAUCUCCUGCUGCCGUUCAUCGUCCUGGCCAGCCUAGGUGGUGCCGUGGCCAGCCUCACCCACACGCCGUCGCUCAUGCUUAUUCUCAGAAGUGUGAAUCGGGAGGAGAAAUCCUUUGCCAUCGGGAUCCAGUUUCUCCUGCUGAGGCUACUAGCCUGGAUGCCCAGCCCGGUGAUCCACGGAAGCGCCAUCGACACCACCUGCGUCCGCUGGGGCUGGAAAUGCGGUCAGAGGGCCAGCUGCCAGUACUAUGACCACGACUUCUUCCGCCACAGGUUCAUGGGCAUCCAGAUGUUCUUCAAGGUCGGCGCUUUCCUGUCCUUCCUGUUCGUGUACUUCAUCCUCCGAAGACAGGAGGAUGGCACGGUCGAGGUCCCGCAGACCGGCCUCGGACCCAAGCAGGAGCCUCUGACCCCCAUCUCCCAGAAGGGGCUGCUGGAAUCCCACGCGUGAUAGAGGGGUCAGAGGGCAUCCCGGGGCGGACCCCCCAUCAGCUGGGGUAGUAGGCGCCCUGGACCCGCCCGGGACAGACCUCGCCAACCUAGGGCUCACACCAAGAUUCUAUGCCUCCCCCACCCAUCCUUGCCCAACCACCAGUGGGGAGGAGGACGGACCCUUGCGGGAAGUGGACUGGCUGUAUGGCCUCGCCAGACAGAGCCUCCUUUCCGCCCCCACGCCCAACCCCAGCCCUGGCUGCACACCAGAAAUGCCCUCCAGAGGCGAGGUCUGUGCCCUCCCGGACCUCAACCCGGCACCCCAGAAUGAGCUGGGACGGGAGAAGCCUGGAGGAAGGAUGAGCGGGGGCCACAGAUGUGGGAGUGACACUAUUGUUUCCCCACCGUUGUCUGGACUGGACUCCUGGACUCACUCACCCCAGGGGCUCUGGCCUGACCCGACGGCUUCUGGGAGGGGCUGGAAAGACUUUAAAUUGGCUUUUUGGGAAUUGUUAGCUCCUCGACGUGCCCCUCCCCACACUCUCCUCUCAGAAUUUACGAUGGUCACAUUGGUACUUAUCUCCCAAGUCACCCUAGGUCUCCGCUGGCUCAACUUGUGGCCUACUCUUGUCGCACGAUUCCCCAGUCCCGAGGUACCCCAUUUCUGGGAGCUAACGGAAGACUGGGGCCAGCGAACAGGACAAGGUCCAUGAGGGACGUGAAGAAACAAUCAGGAAAGAGAGAGAGCGACAGGUCGGCUGAGGGUGAACCAUGGCAACCCUGCCCCGCCGUGGUGGGGGUCCCCGCAGGGCUCCACACAGAUCCCAGAUCCUAGAUGCCCUGCUGCCUCGGCCCCGAACGAGACUUCACUUGUACGACGGUUGCAGCGGUCACGCUACGAGGUGGGUGGUUGUUGCCUCACUCCCAGUCCCCUGGAAUUCCCCCACGCCCAAACUGAGUCCCCUGAGCAUCUUCCCAUCCCUGGAGAGGACCCCAACCCCAACCCACUGACGACACUAGAGACACCUGGGCAAUGUCCAUGCAGUGUCGGGGCCGGCACCGCUUGCAGCUUCCACUGGGUCUUGCCUUGCCAACCCCCAUUCGUCAGGUGAAAAAGCUGAGGCUGGGGUGGGGGUUGAAGGGUGUCUCAGGACGUAGACCACGCUGCCUCUCUUUUCCUGGAGCGGCUGGGGCACUUACCAUCUCCACUGGCCGGGCAGUGGAGAAAGUUCCCAGCAGCCUCUUCUGCAAUGUGGCCCUGCCACACUCCGAUAUUAAUUCAAUUGCAUUUAUUGAAUGCUUCCUGUGUGCAGAGCACUUUACUAAGCACUGGAGCAUGGAUUGUCUCU